AUGCACAAAGACUUUUUGUCGCCAGACAUUAAAGCAAAAGAUCUGGAGUACGUCCACAUUACAGCAACAGAAAAAGAGAUAGCCGAGGACCUUUUACAGAAAGGACAUUUGGUAAAGAAAAAAUGUAGAGACUUGGAAAAGAUUCACACGGAAAAUUUCUACGAGCUGAGCAUCCCGUUUCAAGGCCUCAAGACACUGACAACAGGACAGCGAUGUAGGCAAUACCAGCUUGCUAAAGUUGCCGGAAGUAAUGCAUUUUUAGGUAAGUCUUCUCUGGAAAAUUAAGUGAUCUUGGGCAAAAUUGUCAUUUUACUUUAGAGAGAUGAUAUUCGAAGUAAGAAUCCCUGGAAGCAUAAAGGGUAUUAAAAUAUUAAAAUAUUUGCCUUCAUCGUGAAUGUCAUUCUCGUUUAGGUAUCAAAAAUCGGGAUGAUUCCUGUCCACUUGGAAGUUGCAUCACAUGCGGAACCAACAGAGAAUGCUCCAAUCCACCGGUGUCAAGUUGCGAGUGUCCAUGCAUUUCACGGCUUGACUUUCAUUACUGCAGAAAUGAAUUCCCAGCCGGCAAGUAAGCACAUUUAAAAUAACAAGACAAACACGUCUUGACCAUUAUUGUACACAUACACUAGCUUUAUUGACUUUUAGUUUGUUAAUCUGUAUACAAUGCAACCAAUACAGAGCUUACCGCUGUACACUGUUUUCUAGAUCGUCGCUUCAAAUGUCGGGUUGUGCCAGAUCAAAAAGUUCAUGGGCACGAAAGUUUACCUAGAAAGAAUAAACCUAAACUGAAAUGGCAAAGAAAAUUAAAAAACAGAACAAAACAUGCUAAAAAGAAACAAACAAAUUAAAUAGUAGAUCUUUAACUAAAUUUGACCUUUGUGGUGAAUAUACACCUUUAUUUUUUUUCUGAGCUUACCGGCAAAAGCGGCCGGAAUCCUCCAAAUCCUGCAAUUUUAUUGGUUCCGAGACCGGGCGGCUUUUUACGAUCUUGCCCGCUAACCCGGGGGGAAUUGUUGGCAGCUUUAUUCACAAGUUGUUGUUUGUGAAUGAGCAGAACCGGUGAUUUUUAACCAUUUUUAAUUUAAAACUUGCGCUAUUAUUAGCAUUAGCUAGGGAAAAGUGAAUUUUGUUAUUCAGACAAAACAUCGGAAGGGAGAAUCAAGCAAGUCAGCCAGGAAAACCACUAAAGAAAAGCAAAACAGGAGGCUCGUAAUGUCGUAUCACUAGCUUUAUAACCUACGCUGUAAGUACUGCAAUCUUGCUCUUAUGCACCGUUGAUUCGACAUUUUUCCUCUGUUUGUAGCUUUGUUUUCCAUUUUGCUGUAUGAGUCUAGAUUCUGCGCCGUUUUUCAUUGAAUUUUGCCUCGCUAGUUAUUUUACUUUAAUUUCAGAAAUGGUUGUUGUCAACGACUGCAUGUAGCUGUCAAUCUUGAAUAAACACGCACGAACAACAGUUUCUCCCAAUACGGACCUCCCAGCCAGUGAAUAACAUAUACGUACUGGGACUAAAAUAAGCUUGUGCGUAACAUCUUAUCAGUUAAUACAAUACACCUAGAACAAUAUAGCGGGAUUCACCCAUCUCUGUAAGUAUGGCAUGGGGUAUACAGCACUGCACAUAUUCAAAGAUUAAUUAAUUAUUCGUCAAUAGUGGCCUAUUGCAGCUAUUAAAUAAUAGCAAGGCCUAGUGAGUCCAGCACCUUGAUAUUAGUUCGUCACCUAGCUAAGUCUUGUCACUUAUGUUAAAGUUCAGCCAGUAUUUAGCUUAACCCCUGUAUCAAGUAAGAGAUCUUUCCAUAAAGGAUUUCCAGAAACACUUACCCCAGUCAACAGUUAUCCCUAAUAUUCAAAAUAAUAGUUUAUUUACGAAAACGAUGAACUCUUUCUGUUUUUUUCCUGCAGUGUGUCCAUUUGUCCAGUACCAGCGCCUGUUGUCCCUUCUGAACAAGUAAAGGAUCCUUCCAUAAAGGAUUUACAGAAGUGCUUUGAUCCUCAGUGCGACAAAAAACUAAGUUCAGAUUCUUGUGAUGGAAUCGUGGGAUGUUACUGGUGUGUCCGCGAUAAAAACGAAGCUCCUCUUAAUGACAAAUACUGCGUCGACAUUAAUUCAUGUUACGGAGGAAAGGAAGGUAAGAGAUUAACUAUUAUCAUGAGAGAGAUAAUUAACAAUUAUUCUUUGAAAUCGAGGUGAAUAGUGGCUAAAUAUUUACCGAGACCCGAGGUAAAUAUUCCCAAAGCCACUAUUCACCGAGAUUGAAAAGAAUAAUUGUUUUAGUAUAUACACACGAAGUGAUCUUAACAAAAUCAGAGAGUAAACCGUUAAAAAGUACGAUUUGAUUGACAGAUAGAACUGACGCGUAAGUUUAAAAAUAGAUCUUUGCAGAAUUUCCUUACCUGAGAAGAAAAGUAGAGCUUUGUUGUUUUCUGUUGACUCGCCAAGUUUAUAGCCAAAAGGGUUUGUUGUGUCGUUCCUCGCAUGAAGUGCUGACAAAAAUGGCUGCUUGGUUGCUCGAGGUAAGACGUCGUCUUCCCGUAUCAUUCUUUUUCCUGUUUACUUGAAACGUAGAAUUUCCUUUUAAAUUUGUUUGUCAUAAAUAAACUUCGAUUUUUGAGCCCAAAUUUUCUUUUUAGGAAACGCUGAGUUAACGAAACGGCUUCUUCUACGCGAAUACAAGGGAGUUGUAAACAAUCCAUCGAGCACAAAACUCACCUACAGUAAAUUGAAAGACGCCGUAUUGAAGCCUUCCAAGUCUUUUCUUGCCUUACAAAAAGUCAGCCCUAGGAUUCUGUCGACUUCUAAAAGAUCGUUCUCUAAAAAAAUGGGAAAAACACCGAGCUCACACAUUAUCCACUCGCUAGGAGGUGAAUAUUGUUGAAUAGGCCGAGAUAGCGAGCCAAUCAGAUUGCUUAAAUCACCAAGAUCACUGCGUGUGUAUAUACUAAUCUGCAAUGGAACGAGUUAUAUCAAUAAUAAUGAAAUAAUAAAAUAACAAAUGUGACAUCAUCAUUAGGAUCAUCACUAUUUUCUUUUUCUAUUUAUUCAGCCUCAUCAGUAGCUGCAUCUAAAAACGAACCUGUAGUUCCAUCUUUACCACGUUCCCGGCCACUUCUCCACUUGAAUCGUUGCUGCUUCUGCUUCCACAUCUGCAUAUUCAAUAUCGACUGUUUUGCUUCAACUCCUGGGCGCCCUUUUAUCUUCACUGCUUCUGCUCUUACAUCUGCACUCUUAUCUCUCCUGUUUAAGGUUCGACACCCGCACUGCCAUCUCUACUGUUUCUGCUUCCACACCUACACUGCCAUCUCCAUCUUUCUGCUUCCACCUGCACUGCCAUCUUUAUACUGUUUGUUUCUGCUUCCAACCAGCACUUCCAUUCUCUACAGUACGGCUUCUGCUUACCGAAACCUGCCAUUCCAUCUUUAUUGUUUCUGCUCCCACACCUGUACUUCAUCUCUACUGCUGCUGCUUACCCAAACUUGCACUUCCAUCUCUACUGUUCUUGACCGCCAUCUCUACUGUUUCUGA